AUGAGACUAUGUAGGGUCACAACAGCGCUGGCCGUGCUUGCCUCGACCUGCCUGAAGCCAAACGCCUACUCAACACUAAGCGACAGCACGAUCAGACAACGAUUCCCUCGCUCGCAGUCCAGAGACUUUGACAUUCACACUGGACCUAUUCUGGCUCCUAUCCUCAUACCUCGAGUACCUGGUACGGAGAACUCCACCAAAGUCCUUGACCACUUCGUCCGUUUCUUCCAAGGCGAGCUACCAGAAUGGAAUAUCGAGGUUCAAAACUCCACUUCGAAGACACCUACUCAUGGAAAUGAGGACGUUCCUUUCAGGAAUUUCAUUGCUUCAAGACGUCCCCCUUGGCUGAGUGAUGGUCAUGUCGGCUACCUCACGCUGGUCGCCCAUUACGACUCUAAGAUUGAGCCCGUAGGUUUCAUUGGCGCAACCGACUCUGCCGCUCCAUGCGCAAUGAUUAUGUCCGCUGUACGGAGCAUAGACGCAGCUAUGACCAACAAAUGGCAAAAGAUGCAGGAAACCACAGAUGAAUUCGAGUUGGAGGACAGCAACGCUCUCGGCCUCCAAGUCCUUUUCCUUGAUGGCGAAGAAGCCUUUCAUUCCUGGACUGCAACAGAUAGCAUCUAUGGUGCACGAGCACUAGCCGACGAUUGGGAUACGGCCAUGUAUCCUGCCCGCAGCACCUACAAGACUAAACUCAACAGCAUCGACCUCUUUGUGCUACUCGACUUGCUGGGAAGUGGUGAGAGUCUUCCAAUCCCGAGCUGGAUGCAAAAUACUCACUGGGCUUAUCAGCAUCUCGCCAAACUGGAACAUCGACUCCGUAAGAUGGGGUUGUUCAAGAGCGACAAUAGCCAGACUUGGUUACCAGAAAAGGACAAGAAAAACGACGCUAUCUUUCAGCAGACCAUGAUGCAGGACGAUCAUAUUCCCUUCGUUGCUCGUGGUGUCCCGGCCCUUCAUCUUAUACCUUCCCGGUUUCCUUCUCAAUGGCAUCGAAUUGGCGACAAUGCAGAAUACCUAGACAUUCCCACCAUCGAGGACUGGUCACUCCUGACUGCCGCCUUUGCUGCCGAGUAUCUGGAAUUGGAGGGGUCCUUUGAGCAAGCACCAGUGGUGAAGCGGCACGAAGAGCUGUGA